CGUGACGUGUGGAAGCCAUGUUGAGGUGAAAGUGCUUUAUAUCCCCCCCGUUUAAUCCCAAAUUUUGACGCUGUGAGGAGAAUUUACCCGUGUUUGAGGGCGAAAGGGGGAAUAAUUCGAACCGGAUUUACAAAGUGAAGUGGAAUAUAUCAUGUUAAAUAUGUGGCGCGUUAGAGAAUUAACGGAAAAAGUCACCAACAUGGUGAUGAACUACACAGAGGUUGAGGCCAAGGUGCAGAGGGCGAACCAACGAUGAGGUUGGGGUCCCACAGGCCCACAGAUGCAGGAACUGGCACAGUCAACAUUCUACUAUGAACAGUUCCCAGAGGUGAUGGGGAUGCUGUGGAAGCGCAUGUUGCAGGACAACCGCGCUGCCUGGCGCCGCACCUACAAGUCGCUCCUUCUGCUCAACUACCUCGUGCGCAAUGGCUCUGAACGUGUUGUCACUUCUGCCAGGGAGCACAUCUAUGACCUCAGGACACUUGAGAACUACAAAUUCAUAGAUGAGCAUGGAAAGGAUCAGGGCAUGAACAUCAGAGUUAAGGCAAAGGACUUGAUUGAUUUCAUCCAGGAUGACAACAGGUUACGAGAAGAGCGUAAAAAAGCCAAGAAAAACAAAGACAAGUAUGUUGGGGUGUCUUCAGAGUCUAUGGGAUUCCGCAGCUCAUCACAAAGUGACUGGGAUGGUUGGGGGAACAGCAGAAGAAAAGAAGAGGAUGAUUUUGGAUCUCGCUUUGAGGAUUCACCAAAUGCAAGUGAGGAAGAGAUUGAGGAUGCAGUGGAUCCUGUCAACGAAUACCGUGACGAAGAGACGAGCCCCAAGACAGGUGGAAAGACUUCUCUGGGUGGUGGCAGUGGCAUCGGUAGUAGAGGCAACUCUGCCCCAGUCAAGAAAUCCUCUAAGCCCUCUAAGAUGGUGGACCUUGGGGCUGCAGCCACUUUCGGCAGAGAUGGAAGUAGCACACAAUCACCACAGACCACACCCUCCAAGACAAAGGCCCAAAACAAUGACCUCCUCGAUAACCUCUUUGGAAGCCAGGCAAGCAAUGGCACCUCCAGCCCUUCCAAAACCUCACCAACCAGUGCAGAGGAUGACUUUGACCCUAGGGCGGGUGAGGCAGGUGUAGAGAAACAGGACUUUGGAGACUUCAACUCAGCUUUUGGCAAUGCUGCUGCACCAGCAAAUGGGAAUACUGAUUUUGCAGACUUCUCAAACUUCAGUCAAACUGCCCCAGAACCUCCAGGUGGCUCCUCCAAUGCCUCCCUGCUGAUGGGCAUCUCUGCCCCCACACCUGCUGCUGCCCCAGCUUCCUCUGCCACCUCCCCUGUAGCCCCUGCUGCCCCUGCCCCUCAUAGUAGUAACAUGGACCUGCUGGACGAUUUGUUAGGCUCGGCCACCACCUCGCCCUCCUCCUCGUCUGUUGUGGCAGUCCCCCCUUCCACCCCCAGCGUAGCUUCAUCAGAUCUUCUUGGGGGGCUUGGGGGUGGCCUUGGCGGGGCCCUCACUCCCACCCCAGCAGCCACCUCCCCUAUCAUGCCUGUCAGCACCAUGCCAGGUGAGUGGGAUGCGGAUGUUGUCUCUGUAAUGGGUCUGACUGACUAUUUGUAACUCUUCUCUCUCUCA